AUUACACAAAUAGCAAACAUUGUUCAUUGUGGUGUUCCCCACCAUUUUUCCUUUCGUGUUAGUUAAAAUAAUCACUCAUCAGACAUAAGUACUUGAAAUCGAGUACCGAUAUACUUUCUAUAAUUACAAAAGUUAUAAAGUGUUGUUGGUGCUACUUUAUUUUCCAUUACAAGUUAGUUUGCACGUUCCAUUUAAUCCUUUUGAUGUAAGUGCUUGGCACUAUCACUAAAUACGUGCGGAAUAGUUCAUGACUUUUAUCUGAACAUCAAGUAGCACUUUUCUGAGUUCAAUGUAAGUGACUGAAGAACUAUUUCUUCUAUAAAAGUAGAUGGAUGAUUGUCCAUAUCAUUCAGUUACAACAGCACAAUCUGAAGUAAUCGAAGAAAGGAUAAUCAUUUAUUUUUUUAUUUCCUUGCAAAUUUUAUAACAAGCACGCAAUGAUUUCCAAAAUCUUACCCGUGGCCUUAUUAUUGGCUUUGUAUCUUAAUGCUGUUUCGGCUGCCUCCACUUACAAGGAGAAAGAUCAUGCCCUGGUAGCCCGUAGAUUGGUACAUCAAACCAACUGGGCUGCAAUUAGCACCAUUUCCACCCAUCGCAAACUAAAAGAUUACCCAAUGGUCCAAAUUCUUUCUAUUAACGAUAAUGACGCUCAGAAAAAAUCCACUGGACGCAUACAAUUUCUUUUGACCAAUUUGGAUUUUACCGGCAAGGAUGUAAAACAAAACAACAAAGUUAGCCUGCUCUUCAACGAUGAACAACUACUCCAUUGUUCAGAACAAAAUUUGGAUCCCAUGGAACCUACUUGUGCUCGUACCAUCAUUAGUGGUGAAGUUAAGAAGAUGGAUGAAAGCCAAAAGGGUUAUCAAGAAGCCUUGGCAUCAUUUGUUGAACGCCACCCUGCUGCCCAGAAGUGGUUAGAUAAGCAUAACUUCUAUCUGUGUGAAUUGGAAAUUACCAACAUUUUUGUUUUGGACUUUUAUGGUGGUGCCCACAAUAUCAAACCUGAAGACUACUAUAAGGUUACAUUGUAAAGUAUUUUAAAACAUUCAUUAUUUCCUCUCCAAAAUAUGUUUUAAUUUCAAUUUAUUUGUUCUUUAACUAAGCUAAUCAAGGUCUAAUGUAGUUACAAAAAAAUAUCAGUAAUUCUUACUACUCCAUUU